UAUAGGUGGUAAGUGUUACACGGUGACACCAGGUUCCUUUUGCCCAUAGGCUCGGUGGGACGGCUUGACUGGACGUAUCACCUUCAAUAAAACCGAUGGCUUAAGGAAGGAUUUUGACUUGGACAUCAUUAGUCUCAAAGAGGAAGGAACUGAAAAGAUUGGAAUUUGGAACUCCAAUAGUGGGCUUAACAUGACAGACGGCAACAGAGACAGGUCCAACAAUAUCACCGAUUCACUGGCCAACCGAACGCUGAUCGUCACCACCAUUCUGGAAGAGCCCUAUGUGAUGUACAGGAAGUCUGAUAAGCCCCUAUAUGGAAAUGACAGAUUUGAAGGAUAUUGCCUGGAUCUGUUGAAGGAAUUGUCAAACAUCCUGGGUUUCAUUUACGAUGUCAAGCUAGUCCCUGAUGGCAAAUAUGGAGCCCAGAAUGACAAAGGAGAAUGGAAUGGGAUGGUUAAGGAACUCAUAGAUCACAGAGCCGACCUGGCCGUGGCUCCUCUUACGAUUACCUAUGUGCGGGAGAAAGUCAUUGACUUCUCUAAGCCCUUCAUGACCCUGGGCAUCAGCAUUCUCUACCGGAAGCCCAAUGGUACCAAUCCGGGCGUCUUCUCCUUCCUCAACCCCUUGUCUCCUGACAUUUGGAUGUAUGUGCUCUUGGCCUGCCUGGGGGUCAGUUGUGUGCUCUUUGUGAUCGCAAGGUAAGUUCAAGGACUACUGAACUUCCUGCCACAGGUCUGGGCCGGUCUCAGAUUUACCAGUGGGUUCUACAGGGAGACCAAGAUUAAGAACUUCAAAGUGCUAUUUUCAUUUUGUCUAGUUCUAUUUUGUCAUAGUUUCCCACAUUAAAGCCACAGUGUAAGCGAGUAUUUUCUAAUUAUUUAUAAAGGUACUUUAAAAAGAGAGUAAAGCAAUAAUUUUGUAUGAAUUUCUUUCUUUCAGUACUUCAAGAAAUAUAAAAGGAUCAUUUGCCCAUUUUCCUUCAGUCAUAUGACAACAAAAAUAGUGCCUCAACUAAUAAAUGUAAAAUGUUUCAAUAGGAAUAAAUAAAAUGAUGUCCAGAUCGCUGGAAUAUUUGGUCACACAAAUCUAAGAGAAAAGUCAGCUAAGAAUUAUUGUAGCAAAUAAGAAACACUGGAAUCAAACAAGAUUGAGAAAUCCUCAGGAAUAAAGACAAAUGUUUUUGAGAAGUUUAUGAAGUUUAUUUUUAAAAAACAUUUGAGAAUGAGUAAGAGAAUUCUAGAAAUAACUAGAAAAGGAUAGAUCACUCACAUACAGACUCUAGAGGCAUAAAAUCUUUAUGGCACCAUCAAGAUGAUUCAGUUUAGGUUUAAUCUGUUGAGAUUUAAUUCUAUAUUUAACCAUUCUGCUCUAUGCAGUCUUCAGAGGAUUUUUAUACCUUGCAGUACAUCAUGUUUUCGAAAUACCUUGAUGCUGAAUUUGAAACAUAGCUACUUUAUCUUUCUGUGGGCUUAAACAUUUGCUAUCCCUAGAUAAACCAUGUAAAAAAUAAUUGCUUUUGUCUGCCCCUACUUGUUCUUCCUCUUUUUCACCUUUUAACAAAACCCAGUGAACUUUUUCUCGAAUCAAUUUUUGUUUUCCCUCCAGGAAUUUCUAAAAGACAUAUUUCUUCAUGCUAGCUGUUUGUCAUGGUCCACUGUCUGGUUUUGAUUAACGCCAGGUAGCAUUUUCCCUGGUGUAAUUGUACAGAAAGCUUAGAAAAAUAACCCAGUCUGGAAAGGUCCUAAAGAUCCACAAGGCAGAUGUAGUCAAAAUGAAUAAAUGUGUGCUCUCACAUGUGAAUAUUUAUGCAUCCAAUGAGAACGGUUUUGCAAUUUUAUAUACAUAAUAAAUUAUACCAUUACCAAAUCCCAGAUGGUUUCCCAAAUUUUGGGUAAACAUUAAACUACAUUUAAAUAGUAACCAAAGCUCUCUUUCCAUGCACCUUAACUCAGAAAGUAAAAUAGCAAUAUUAUCAAUACUUUAAUACUCUAAGUGAGUGGUUCUCAGUCGGGAGAGAUUAAGCCACCCCAUGGGACAUCUGGCAAUGUCUGCAGAUAAUUUUGGUUGUCACAACUUGGUGACCGGGUGUGCUGCUGGUAUCAAGUAGGUAGAGUUCAGGACGCUGCCAAAUACCCUAUAAUGCACAGGACAGUCCCCUACAACAAAGAAUUAUCAGGCUCAAAAUGUUAAUAGUGCCAAGGCUGAGAAACCACGUUCUAUCUAAUUAAAGGUGAUGUUACUUUGAGUAUCAAAUUUUUAAAAAUGAAGUGCUCACCUUUGGAGGUUCAUUUCUCAUUUCAGACUCCUGGGGGAAGUUAAUACCCACCUACAGGCCAUUUAACAAAUGACUACCCUAAGGUGACAGAUGCUGUAAAGAAUAAGACAUCUGGCAUUGACCUGUUGCUCCAUUUCUGUGCUCUGGGAAGACCCACACCUAUUGGGUGAUAUGAAGACUAGUAGACCAACCCAAGCAGCAGAGGUUGACAGAAGAGUGAGCUUCCAUAUCCUCCCACUUGUGAUUCUAUCUAGGCAACGGUGCCGAUCAGUACAACAGGCAAGACAAUGGUGAUGAGCAAGCACAUUAUUGAUUAUGCGAACUUGACCAAAAGAAAAAACAACCCCGUUGUCGUCAAAUCAAUUCCCACUC